CUCAUGUUUUGGUUUCGAUUAUACAAGCGCAUACAUGUUAAUCGUUGUUAAGAGAUUCCAGGUUCAAGGCGACACGAAUCAUGGUCUUGAAAAGUUACAUGAAAAGCCUUUGGACAUAGAAAAAAGGUACCUACGAUGGAAUAAUAAUGGAUAUUUAGUUCCAAGUCAAGGUUCAUCUUAUGAAGUGGUGUAUUUACAGUCUCAUCCCGCGAAUGUUGCUGUAAAGAGUGGUGUAAACUACAUGGCAUUCACCCUGUACAUGAGGAACGGGCGAGUAGUGGCUCCAAACACAGGAAUAUUUCACUUUAUCGAUUCCGAUAUUGCCGUGGAGAAUAUACAUCACUGUACAAGAAAAACUAUGCAUGCUGGAGCUUACUAUCAUUUUUAUGGCAAAUGUCCAGAAGAAGAGCAAAUGAUUGUAGCAUCUGGAUAUUGUUAUCAAGGGUCAAACGGACGAGGUCUUGUCUAUAACUCUAUAACGUUCAACAGUGUGGCAAUGACGUACGCCGAUGGACGAUACUAUCUCAACAACGAGGACAGGACUGUUCAUCCAUACGAACAAAACUUGAUCAAAGUAUGUUUCAAUAAGUGGAAAGACAGCGGAUUUCAAGUAAAUUCGUGGACAUGCUCUACAAGGAAUAUUCCGUUUGCGUCAGGACUUACAAGUGACUUUGGAAAAAGAUCCAAACGUGCUUCUACGUCAUGCAAUAACUGUGAGUGUAUUCCCGUGAAUGGAUCUUCACGAAUGGAAUACUUUGGUGUGCUGAUAGUUUUCACGUGUUGGCUUGGCGUUAAAAUUAUGAUGCAUUGGUAAAGUUAUAUGGCAGAUAUUACAACGCAAUGUUAUAUGAUUUUGUAAAAAAAAAGAAUUUUCCUAAAUGCUCUUAUCUUAAUGAUAUACUCUGCUUGUGUAAAAUAUUUUUAUCAUAGAAAUUUAUUGAAAUCUAUAAAAAAUUUACUUAAAAUAUCAUAUUUGAUGACAAGAAUGAAUAAUUUAUGUAUGGGAAGCUGCAUUUCCUGUUACGGUAGAUGUAAAAUCGAUUCUUUCUUAAAAAUGACAAUAUAUUUUCUUAUCGUGACCCCUUAUAGUGUGUAGAAUUUUAAACAUUAUAAGAUAUCUACUUUGUGUGAAGCCAAAUCGUGUUUAUUUUAUAUUUACAAAGAGGAGCAAUUAAACGUGUACUAAUAUUUUCCUUUAUUAAAUUUGAGCAUAGUAUAUCUUUAACACUCUAUUACUUAACUAUCUUUAAAAUUUUAUUUCGAAUGUUAGUUGAGAGCAAUCAUUAUGGAGAGUUUUAUUUUAAUUUUGAAAUUAUUUUUUUAAGAUUUGUAAUUUUUCUUAAAAUUGUCAUGUUUCUUGUAUUCGCUAUAUAAAUGCGACAAUUCUAGUAUUAGUUACCAAAAAACCUGCGAUUACAGUGUUUUAACAAACUAUGUAUUUUAGUUAAAAUGAAAAAAAAAUAUUUUCAAUCAAAUCUAGACAUCUUUUGUACAUGCCUGCACAUAUGGCUUUCAUAAUUAUAUAAUGCUAGUUGUACCAGUCAUUUGAGGAAACACUGUAUUCUUCACCCUUGCCUUGUGGUAUAAGUUAAGCAGCUAAAUUGAUAUAAAACAAACAGUCUAACACCAGACACUGAAAAAAGAAGUUAUCUUUCGAGAACAAUGAAUACAAAUGAAUACAAAGAAAAAUAGAUGACAAUAUACUCGUAUGGUACGAAAUAUUUCUAGAGACAACUAAACCUAUAUGGAAUUAGAUAAAAAAUAAAACCAUUUGUAGUUGUUAACAGACCUAUUUGUAAACAUUUGAUAUUUUUGUACAUUACUUUAUAGAACUUUUAAAAAGGGGUCAAUCUCUCCGUCCUCUUUGCAAAAUUUUUGUGUUUGCGUUUUUGUGUGUGCGUGUGUGUUCUUUCUACAACUGUCACUUUUAGAUUAAAUAUUUUAUAUCUAAACAUAUUUUGCAAGGUGUCUUCUUUUUUACGUUUUAUAACUGUAAAACGAAUUUUCUUUGAAAUGGUUGAAGCUAAAUUUAUCAAUAAUAGGA